AUGACGAUCGCUCCCCACACGGGGGGGCAGGGCGCCCGGUUUUUCCGCGAGGUGUGUCGUGCGAUGCCGUUCAUCAUGAGGCACUACCACAUGGACGAGUUCAUGACCAUCUCCCAGUUGAGGCGGGCCGUGGCGAACAAGUUCCGCGACAACUCACACAUCAAGGACCCGAAAGCGGUCGCGCUGCUCAUUUUCAAGGGCCGCCAGGAGCUGGAGGAGGUCAUCAAGACGUUCAAGAACAGGCACCACCUGAUCACGGAGUAUGUCUCGCGUGCGGAGGAGAAGGUGCACGCCGCCGGGGAGUCCUCGAAGUUCGGUGCGAUGGACGCACGGUCGCCCUUCCUGAAGGCCUUCCUGCAGAGCAACAACACCGAGAAGGCUGCCGGGUGGUAG